GUGCGGCGGCGGGCGCCCUCCCAGGCGCGGCGGCGCCGCGGCGCCCGCGGCUGCACGCGGUGACGUACUCCAGCGGCGUGAGCUCGAGGCUGUCGCUGCCCCUCGCCUCCGCCGAGGGCUUCGGCCUGUUCCCCGUGGUCGUGGGCUACGGGCACUCGGCGACGUGGGCCUACGGCCUGAGCGGCGCCGAGGCGGGGUGGGCGAUCUCGGCGCCCACGUCGAAGAGCCUAGCGAUGUGCGCCACCUGCCAUGGGGAGGCCCCGGAGCCCGCGUGCACCAUAUUGGCUGCGUCGCUGGCCAGUGCGGGCCGCCUGACGGCUUGA